GGCGCUGCGCUGCAGCGGGGCCGGGGCCGGGGGCCGGCGGGCGGCCAGCGCUGCCGCCGAGCCGCGGCUGGGGGCGAUGCCGCCGCGCCGCCCGCCCGCCGCGCCGCCCCGCCGCCCGCCCGGCGACCGGCGAGGCAGCGCCCGGCGGCGGGCGGGAUAAUGCGGCUGCCCAGCCCGCAGGCACCGCCAGCGGGGCGCCCCCGCCGCCAUGUCCCCCCCGGCCUCGGCGGCCGCCGCCAGCGAGGGAGGCAGCAGCACGCCGGUGCCUCCGGAGGAGGAGGCGGAGGGGGCCCGAGAGGAGCAGCGGCCAGUGAAGCAGUCUCUCAGCAAGUCUCUGUGCCGAGAGUCCCACUGGAAAUGCCUGCUGCUGUCCCUCCUCAUGUACGGCUGCAUGGGAGCCAUGACAUGGUGCCAUGUCACCAAGGUGACCCGGCUGACCUUUGACAGCGCUUACAAAGGCAAGUCCAUGAUGUACCACGACAGCCCCUGUUCCAACGGCUACGUCUACAUCCCCUUGGCUUUCCUGGUGAUGCUCUACGUGGUGUACCUGGUGGAGUGCUGGCACUGCUACACCCGCAACGAGCUGCAAUACAAAGUAGACGUGGAGAGCGUGCACGAGCGUGUGCAGCGGAUGCAGCAGGCGACUCCCUGCAUCUGGUGGAAGGCCAUCAGCUACCACUACGUCCGCAGGACCCGGCAGGUUACCCGCUACCGCAACGGGGAUGCCUACACCACCACCCAGGUGUAUCACGAGCGGGUCAACACCCACGUGGCAGAGGCUGAGUUUGAUUAUUCCAAUUGUGGAGUUAAGGACAUCUCCAAGGACCUCAUUGACCUGGAGAGCUACCCGGCCACGCGGCUCCGCUUCACCAAGUGUUUCAGCUUUGCCAAUGUGGAGUCAGAGAACUCCUAUCUGACCCAGCGGGCCCGCUUCUUCACAGAGAACGAGGGCCUAGAUGACUACAUGGAGGCCAGGGAGGGGAUGCACCUCAAAAAUGUGGACUUCAAGGAAUACAUGGUGGCCUUUUCCGACCCAGACAACCUGCCUUGGUACGUAUCUCACUAUGUCUUCUGGGUGGCAGCUCUGCUGACCCUAUCCUGGCCCCUGAGGGUGCUAAAUGAGUACCGCACCUCCUAUGUCCAUUACCACGUGGAGAAACUCUUUGGGUUCGACUACGUGGCAGUGACCCCGGCCGAGGAGCGCACCUUCUGCCGGAGGAUGCCCCGCGUCAACACGGUGGACAGCACCGAGCUGGAGUGGCACAUACGAUCCAACCAGCAGCUGGUGCCCAGCUACUCGGAAGCGGUCCUGAUGGACUUGGUGGGGCUCUCCGGCUGCACCAGCUACUCUGCUUGCCGGUACGGGGGCUACCGGCAGAACUGCGAGCGAUGCCACAGGACUAUAAGCAGCUCCUCCAUCUUCUCCCGCAGUGCUCUGAGCAUCUGCAACGGCAGUCCCAGGAUUCCCUUCAGCAGCAGCCGCUUCUCUCUGGGCCGCCUGUAUGGCUCGCGACGCAGCUGCCUCUGGCAGAGCCGGAGUGGGAGCCUGAACGAGCAGAGCUGCCCCACUGAGCAGACACGCCUCUCCAGCCAGGUGACUGUGGAGGAGGAAGACCCCCCUCCUUACCAGGAUGCCCUCUACUUCCCCGUUCUCAUCGUACACCGCAACGAAGGCUGCCUGAACCACGACCACCGUCACCUCCAUCGCAACGGGUCCUGCGUGGAGACCUCACUGUGAAAGCAGAGGGCGGUGAGAUCUCAUUGUCCAUUGCCUGGCCCAAGCCACCACAGGAUUUGGGGAGAGGAGCACAGGGGAGACAGGCUAAGAGGACAUCAGAAUGGAGUGGACAUGGCAUCUCGCUCCAUCAGCCAGCAAAAGCUCCCCCCACUGUGGCUCUGACCUCCCAGAGGGGUGAGUGCUGAUGCUCCCCUGACGUGGCACAGAACUCUAGACCAACCACCACAUGCAAAAAAAAAAAAAAAUAAAUUCAACCAAACCAACCACAAAACCGUAAUUCAUGGCAUCAAGAUCCAAAGGGGAGAAUAAAAAGACAGGCCUGAUGCAGGGAGGGGGUGGCUUUGGCUCCCAGCCCUGGCUCCAGGCUGGCUCAUGCUCUGAGGAACCAGCAGCCACCAGAAAGCGCUUUGCUGCACCUCUGCCCACCCUGCUUCCCGUGCUGGAGCAAGACCCCUUGCAAUGUGGAGGGGAAUGGGUCCCUCGGGAGCAGGGUGUAACUGCCUGUAACGGAAGGUCUGGGGCAUCCUGGCACAUGGAUGGAGCGGCAGGUUAAAGCAAAGGCUGAAAGCCAUGAAUCCAGCUCUUCCCCUUCCCCCCAACUGUUCCCCACCCUCCCCAUUUUUUUUUUUAGACCAUGCUCCGACUGUUACUCUGUUCUCACUGCUGGGAAUGGCAUCGCCUCCAGAGGAUCACAGGCUCCUUAGGAAGGUUCGGCAUGCCAGCUCUGAGUCAGCAUCCCCUAGGUAAAGGGUUUUCUGUUUGGGCACACAGUGCUGGGGAAGGGAUGAAUGUGCAAACCCAGAUGGAGCAGAGAUCUGCAGCGCUACCGACGUGUUUGCUGGAGGAGGGCUCAGCUGGAAAGAGAAAACGGUAGGCCCCUGAUGGGCUGGGGAAGGGGAAGAGGAUGGCACUGGGACAGGCAUCAUGGUAUCAGGUGGCAAAUCAGGUGGCUGGGGACCCUUCCUGGCUUUGAAUUGAGUCCUUAAUUGAUUCAGACAAGCAUCAAGGAAGGCUCUGGUAGGUUCAGCUGCAGUUCACCUAUUGAUAAUGGAGCAGCAGGUUGGUGCAUGUCUGCAUGAGUGAAUUUUGCAUGAGAUCCAGCUGGGCUCUGGCUGUGGACUCUCAGCUGCAGGCUCCUGACAGCCUGGUUUUGAGAGAGAACUCUGAGGGCCUAGGAUGGAGAAAUGCAAAAGCAUGCAGGAGCAUUGGGAACCUGGGCUGGGGAAAUGAGGAGCAAAAGGAUUCCCUUUCUGUGGGAGCCCACUGUGGAUGCAGGACCCAUGCAGGAGGCAUCUUCCAUGAAGAAUGCUUUCCAGAACAGAGGCCAGGGAUGUGUUAGAGGGGAACCUGGUUAAAACUGAGCAGUUUGCACUACAGAGUUUUUUGCAGGGAGAAGUGAGGUGACUUCUGUGUAGCCCGUUAGCCCCUGGCUUCUUCUGCCUUGCUCUUGUCAGCACAGGUUGCUCUGAGCUUUGUGCUGCCCCUUCUAUCCUGUUGGAAGGGAUCUUGGUGACACUGGACAAGGAGCCUUCAUGUCACUGAAGCUUCGUCAGUGGCUGCAGCAUACAGACACCCAGCUUUUCCUCAGAAAAGCUGUCUCCUUUCCAGUCAGCUCUUUGGGGAAGUGCAUGCCACAUCAGCCAGCGAUUUCUCCAAACAGCACUGCUUUUCCGCCUCACCACACUUCCCUCAUCAGCUGGGGCAAACAACAGCUAAAAGCAGCAGGUCUUGGGUGACAAGGGUAAGUCCUUUAGCACCUGGGCAUUUGAGCUUGAUGUCUGCCUCCACAUUCAUCGCAGAAAGGCGAGAUGUAACAGCAAACAGUGAGGCAUUGUCUUUAGUCCAGCCUGUCUUCCUCCUGCCAGCUACUAAUGAGGGCUCUGUUUCUCUCAUCACGCUGCUGUAUUCCUUUGCUUCCCAGGUCUUGAGGAGGCUGCAAAUGCACCCAUGCACCACAUCAGUCCUCUUGAAAAUUCUCUCUUGCUGGCAAGCCUGGAACAGUCAGCACCUGUGGGUUUUGUAGGGCUCUGCUUGUCUUUUCCCCCAGAGCAGUCUCUUCUGCUCUUCAUGCCCUGUGUAUCCUGGUCAGAGUUUCUUGCCCUUCAGGUCAGCUUGUCCUCCUGGAUCCCAAGUUCCAGACUCCAGACAGGAGUUUGGAGAAGAGCAGUUUGAACAGAAAGUCCCUUAAAAUCUCACUCUGUUACGAUUCUGUCCUGUCAUCUGCCCUUACUUGCACUAGACUUAGAUGUUGGCUUAAAGAGGGUCCCUGGGAGGCCAGAGAAGCAUAAGUUCUCUGGUGUGGGCACAUCCCUCUCUGCGUUUUGUUCUCAUUAUUUUUGGCACAGUUUCAGACCGGGUGAAAGCAACCCUGGGAUUUCCUUGCUCAGUAAUGACAUUUGGCUUGCUGUGCAUUUGUGCUUCUCUCUCCAAGGGCUUAAUGUAAGCCAAGGCCAAUGCUGAGUGUCCACGUGACUCUGGGGAGAUAAUGGUGUGUUCUUGUAUGUCCCAGUGAAUUGAGACAGUGGAGCUGCAACGGGUCAUUAGUGAGAAAGAAAUGUGGUCACCUUGUCCUUGCUGACAUAUUCUCUUUGAAAUUUCCUACACAUUACUUAAAUUAGGCUGUGAUGGCUCAUCUUUCUAUCUCCAGCAUCCAAGGUGCCUUGGACAGAUGGAUUUAUCUGAGAUUUGGCAGGCCUUUUAGCUCCCUGGGGCAAAGACAGUCUUCAGGAUAGGGACAGAUUAGCAGGGUCUCUGGGCCCCCCAUCCUUUAGCACCUGCAGCAGAGUUGCAGGCGCUGUGUCCUUGGCUCUUCCUGGGGCUUUCCAUGAGAAUGCCUCACCUUGUUCCUCUGCCCCAUUUUCUCCUGUGAAAUCUUAUUCUGGAGGUGGUCUGUCCAGGUGAACACAUGGAUCUUCGAGGCAUGGCUGCUGCUCUGACCAGCAGGAUCCAUACAGUCUUCCUGUUGCUGAACACCUUCCCCGUGUACCUGGUGCCAGCUGCAGCCAGGUCCCAGACAUAGUCCCAGUGCUGCUGUCUGUGGCCGUCCCAGAUCCUCAAUACCCUGAGAAGUGGGACCUCUCUAGCUAGUGCUCCCUGCUGGAUGCCAGGAUUUCUCAGAGAUCCCCUUCCUCAUAUUCUUGGCCCUGCUACCCCACUGCUCCUGGUGGAGCUGCCCCCCGUCCAUGCUACUCCAUUCUCGCAAGGGUGGAGAUCUUUGUGCCCUGCUUCAGGCUCAGGAAAGGGGAAUGGCACACAUGGACAUGGUAAGGGAUCAGGGCUGGGCAGGAGGAACAGGAGCUGCCUGCUGGCUUGGCAGAGAAGUGGUAGAGCUGAAGAGGACAGACUGAAACUGGGGUUCUUCCUGGCACAUCUAGCUAGGCAGGGAAGUUCAGAGCAGAAAACUGGGCUCUCCCUUCCCUCUCCUGGCAUGGGACACCACCAGCAAAGUUUGUGUACAAGUUGCCUCCUGAGUGUUGGUGUAGUGGACAAAGGGCAGCUGAUACAAUUCUCCUUACAGCGCAGGUUACUAGCACAGGUACCCAGAAAUGGUCUGUCCCUGCUCUGGCAGCACAGCCUCUCCGUAGUGGAGUUGUCCCAUCUCCUCGGCACACAGACACCCACCCACCCACCACAGCUCCGGGCUGAGCAGCAGUCAGGCAUCUGCUCCUCCUGCAGACUUGUGUCUGCUCUCUGCCAUGUCUGUGCUGGUGAUGACGAUUCCUUUGGCAGCUCAUUUGAUGGCCCAGUCUGCUCCUCUCAUGAUAGCCUUCUCCUUUAUAUCUAACCUGAAUUCUCCCUGCUGUAUCUUAAUCCCAUUACUUCUCCUUCAUUGACUGGUGUGUCUAAUUGGCUCUACUCCUUUUCCCCCGGCCUUCCCGACACAAGCAGGCGUCACCUGGUCUCUGUAGCCCUCCCUUCACCAAUCCCAGGGUCUUGAUCUCACUUGCCAAACCCUGGUUUGAGUGGUGGUGCAGAAGUUUUCCCUGUGUAGUGAGUACAUCACUCCUGCUCUGAGCCCGGCUUGGGCAAGAGGAGAGGGCCAAAGGUGCGAGCAAUGCCUUGGUCUGUCAGGGAGGCUGUGUCCUCGCUUCCAGAGCAGAAGACCUCUUCAAAGUGAGUGGAGUACACAGAGGUGCUGGCCCCUUACACAAGGAAAGUGGGAUAGCGCACAUCACCCUGUGGGAAGGUGAAAGCUGUGUGCUUGUCAGUAUGAUGUGGGCAAUAACUAGAGGAUCUCCACAGUCAGAUGGCUUAGGUUCUUUCCAUGCAUUGUUCACCCACUGCAGUUUUCCAUGGGCUGAGAGUCAGGCUCAGCAUUGCACUUAUCAGCAAGCUUUCCUCACAUACUAGAAGGAGUGAGACAGGAAUGCUACCAGCUCCUCUUCCUGGCCCUUCAUGGUGCUAAUGCGUCCCAGAGGAGUGCUAGUCCUUACUGCUGCAAAGAUGGACAAUAAGUUUGGGCUAUUUGAUGUUUGCUGUUGCUGUCGGUAUACUUGUCAGGUACUUAAGAAGCUCUGAAUUAGCUCAUCUUCCAGACACAUGACCACGCAUUUAUCCAUCUUUCAGCACACUAGAAGCUUCCCAGAUAGCACCUGGCACUUGCUUGUGCAGAACUGGUCGGCGACACCAGCCAGCCUGGUGGUACUUCUUGAGCUCACUGAAUGUCGUGUCUCACUCCACACCAAGGAAGGAAGUUUCAGAGAGGGCUGUCAGAGUGAGCAGCUGUAGGGGCAUUUGGUAUGAUGGGGAGAGGGAAUCUCAGCUUAUGGCCAAGCCUGGGCCUUCCAGAAUCACACACCAGGCAAACGUGCAGUGUUAAGGCUGGGGAAGCUGCUGUACAUCCCCCUCCCUUUCUGCUCCCCAUAAAAUGCACAUUAGAGAAAUGCUGGAGAGAUGUUUAAUAACUGAUGGAUGCCCAUGGGGAGAGAACUGCAGGAAAAGGUUUAUUAAGUGGAAGUUGAAGAAAGUUAGGUAGCAUCCGAUGUCAGUAGAACAGUGCCUGCUGAUUAGCCAGUGGGACAAAUAACACCUUUUCAACUCUUCUUCCAGCCUUUCCAACCACAGCUUCAGUACAGCUGUCCAAUAUUAUCAGGAUGCUGCCUUACAUGAGCAGGGUACAACCUUGCUGCAGUGUGCUCUUUCUCUGCCGCAGUAGCUGUAGGGCUUGGGUCUGAAAUACUGUACCACCACCAAGAUGUUGUGUUACCAAAGAGCUGUAAGUCUCGAGUUGGGAUAUGUGCUUCUGAUCAUGUUUCAUUCAUGUUCAUAUUAGAAUAAGGUCUGUGUGAAUAUGAUCUGUAUCCAGGUGAUCUCAGAAAUGAGACAUGGUGUAAGUGAUAGCUCUGUUUGGUGCUGCUGCCUCCUGUGAUGCACUUGGGCCUAGAGUCUCCACUGAGCCAGGUAUGCAUGGGGACCAAAGGCUGGUUCAUAGGACCUGGGAACCCAGCGGGGAACUGGGGCGGAGCCCACCUAGGGCUGUUUCCCCCGUGGGCAUUCUGGAAAAAGUGGAAACGAGCAUAGUCACUUUUCAGGUAGAAAUUAACGGGCUAUGCUCGUUCCUAGUGUAAUUUUAUUGAAGCCAGUGGUACUAUACUAAUGCGAGCUUGGCUUAGCAGCUCCUUGGAGGGGGGUUGUCUUUGAGCCCAGACAAAUUGAUUUGUCACAGUGUUGCUUUGAUGUAUAGAAUCUGUGUUGGGACUUGACCAACAUAAAUGAAUGUUGAAUAUCUACUGUUUUUGCAAGCAGUGGGUUGAAUUGUUCUGCUCUACUGCCUCCAUCACAGCUGCUCCACCAAGGGGAACGUUAUGCCUGUGGAUGUGAUCUCGUCAACUCUCUCAAAAGCAAGCUAACAAGCAAACUGACCUCCACAGCACUGGGAGAGGAGCCUUCUCCCACAGGACCAUAACCUUUCCGCACCUGAGGGAAAAGAGGUCCCAAGGACAGAACUGAACUGGCAAGACCCAUGGCCUCGUGGCCUGCCCUUCCUCCUUCCCUCCUUACCUCAUAUGUCUGUCUUGCGGGAGGGACAGUUUCCCUGUGGAGUUCAGCGAGCUCCUCUUCCUCAUACACAGGCUCAUACACAGGCUCUACUAACAGGUAUAUCAUCCACCUAUGCAACUCUUCCAGAAGCUGCCAAGUUUUCAGGAGCUCAUUACAAUGUGCAGCAUGGCCAUCCGGCACCGAGAAUAAGCACAGAGGCUGCUGGAAAGCUAAGUGGGUUUUAUUCCUCCCCCCAUUCCCAAGGAAGACUGUUUUUGUUGGGCCAUUUUGUUUGUUCCGUUUUUGUAAACUUCAUUUGGGGGAAAUGAAGCUUGUGAGAAAUUGGUGCCCAUCCUGAACCCUCCCCAGUCCUUUGAACUUCGUGAGUGGAUGGAUCACCUACUGUGAUUAAAAUUUAACGGAUUUUGUAGAACAAAAUAACUUCACACACAGACACAUGAGGUUCUUUCACUCUCCAUCAGCACAAGCUGCUUCUGCAAUCUUAGCUACUCACAUUAGUGAAAGAAAAAGCCUAGCUAGAAUGUGGUGAGAUGACGUAGUACUUUGCAUCAGUCCCAUGGUCCCAAUGUCCAUUAGCAGCGCUGUCAGCUGCUGUGCCAUGAAUUCGGAUUUUGGAUGGCAGCCCAUGAACCAGUCAGGGUAAAAGUUUGGAAAAACACAAGCCUGAGCCUGGCUCAUCUCCUGAAGCAGAUGCAGGGGGAGAAUCAGCUGAAAGCAGGCAUCACCUCCUGCUUGGCCAUGCCAGGAGCUGGUGGGCUCUGUGCUGCACCUGUCCCCCAGGAAGAGCCUGUCCCCAGGGGCCAAGCAGAGGGGAAUGAGAGUAGUGAUAUGUCUGAUGGAGCAAAAUGAACGGCACAGCUCAGCCAGCGGGAAACAGCAGUGACAGCUAGACCCCAAAAUAACAGGAUUUCACUUUGGGAAUGCCAACUGCUUUUUCAAACUGAAAUAAGACUAGGAGGCCUUAACAGUUGUGCAAAGUGUUUUGUGUUGCUGUUCCUUGCUUAAAGAAAAAAUAAUUUUUGGUGGUGAGGUGGGUUUAAACUCUCCACUCCUUCCAGCCCUUGUUGUGUUGGUGGGGAAGAAAUGCUCAAGGCAGAUUGGGAUGGUAGCCCUGUGGCUUCGCAGUGGGGUAGGCUGGAACAGAGGCUGGAGUUUAAAGUCUUCCUCUGAGAUGUGACCUUGCCAUCCACCUACACAUGCACGCAUGGCAGGGUGGGCUUCUCCAUGCUUGUGUGCACAGCUGGGACCCGUGGCCCUGCAGAGGGUUGGUGUGUUUGUGGCUCUGGGCUGGUGACACCCAUCUACCUUUGCGGCAAGGGCUCUUCAGGGUGACAGAGCGUUGCUUGUUCCUUGUGAGAGGAAACUCCUGACCUGGUUUCUGUGAGAAGAUGGUGUGAAGUGUCACAUUUGCUGCAGUGAGUGCCAGGGAGCAGGGAUAAAAGCAUGGAGCAAGCUGUGUUUGAGAACAAGCUAAUCCAUUGCUGGCCACCCGAAAGAGGAGAGCUGCUGGAUCUGCUCCCUGGGCAAUGCUUUCCGUCUCUUCCCACCCUCCCCAAAUCCGAUGGGAAAACCGUCAUUCCUGUGAGGUAGCCAAAGGACCCCUCUCCCCUGAACUCCUCUGAGGCUGUGUGUUCACAUCAUUUGGGUCCUGUCCCUGCUGGGUGCUGUGGGCCAGCCAUGAAAUGCCAGCAGACACAUGAUGACCUCAGGCAUGCUUGUGGGCAGAACUCACAAUACCCUGCCGGUGCGCAGCAUUCCAGCAGUGCUCCCUGCCCUGGCAUACCUCCUCCUUGCUUGGUGGAGAGCUGCCGCAGCACAUCCUGGUAUCACCUUGUGCUUUUCCAGAGAAUUUCACACAGCGCUUGUCUGAGCCUCAGUAAUCAGGGUAAGUUACACAGACCGAAGUUAGAAAGCAGAAGGCCUUGACAUUUUGGUGGUCCCGGUCCCCAAAUCUCUGCUGCUGCCCCUGGGGAGGAGAGGCAGGUUGGCUGUUGUGGCAGUGUGAGGGCAGGGGACGGCAUUGUGGUAAAAGCAGCAUGUCCACUGGAGUCUCCAAAUGUGUGCUCUGUGCUUCUCUGCUGGGACUGAGGGCAGCUUUGCUGCGGGCUGCACAAGGCACACUGAUAGAGGGCAGAAUAGCAUGUGGAUGCUCAGCAAGGUGUGGAGAGGAGGGUUGGUAGGAGAACAAGUUUUUUUUGCAGGUGUAGUGGUUUUUAGAGAAGGCAAGACAGGGCAGGAGGCUGUGGUGCUGGAACAGCGGUGCUGCAAGACAGGAGGGGGUGGGAAACAAAGGGAGCAGGGUGUUUGGUGGAGAUGCCUGGGAACAGAGUGGUUCCCAAGAGACAAAGCAAUCUGUGCAUGCUCUGGCUGAGAAGACAGGCAGGAGGUAUUCCCAAGCUGAGGUGCCCAGGCCAUGUCUUGCUGCACUGCUGGAACAGCGAUGUUGCCUCUAAGCCCAGCACUGACAGCUUGAGCACGUGUCACCAACCGUGAUGGCUAAUGCAGCCACAAGGUGUAAAUGUCACUAAUGAAUAAAUUGCCCUGUGCCUUGGAGAGGCUAAUCCAUCACGGCCAGAGACAGGGAUCUGACAGGCUUGGCUAUUUCAGGCAUACCCUGUGGGGAGGAGGAAUGCUGCCUUUCUGAGCCAUCCCCUCCACCUAGGGAAACCAAUGCAGGGUUUGGCUCUGUGCCACUCUCCAGCUUCCCAGUAGCAUGAGCUCAGGCUUCGUCCCUUUUCACUGCAACUGAAGGAAGAAGCAGGAAAGGAUCUAAGUUAGCCAAAAGUUCCCUGUCAGCAGGGUGGUGCAUGGGGCUAGCUGGUAGAGGAGUUUGGAGGGAGACUGGCACACACAGGACAGGGGUGAUAUAGGGGCCGAUGGCAUAAACUGGUAGGUCCCCAGCAAUGAGGGGAGUUUGUGUGAAUUGUCUGGGUUGUAGAGUUGUAUGGGCUGGACUGUGCAUUUCAGGCCAGUAGUGCUUGAUGCCAUGUUUUACAAGCAUGCUGUUUCCUCCCCAGUUCAGUUUUGUAGUUUGCCCCUAUAAGAGGCAACCUGGAAAUUCUCUGAGCCUGCCCCAGCCCAAGCCCUCACCCUGUCCAGAGAUAGCUUCGCAGUGCUGUCCUAGAGGCAAUGCACAGGACACCCAUUUUAGCCCCUGCUGCUGAACCCCAGCCACCAGCACUUUAUCUGACUGUGCAGAGGGCCAGCAAGUAUCCAGCAGGCAGGGCAGAAGCUCAGUGUGGACAAAUCCUGCUCCAUGGGAGCAAAGGGAGGCUGAACAGCAGUCAUUUCAAUGCACAGCCUCUGCCCAUCGCCGUGGCAGUCUGCUCCUCCUCCCCAGUCAGUGCUCAAAAUCAGCCUGCUAUCCUGUUUGCGACAUAUGCCACUGUGACACCUUGCAAAUCCAUGCCUGGGUCGCUGCGAGCAGAAGCCGUCAGGCUUGGGAAGCUGGCCACCGACUCCUGCUGCCACGUGCGCUCUGCUCAGAGCAGCGGAAGCCGGGCUCGCCAUCUGCUCCGUGAGGGAGCAAGCCGGGCACCCCUGCUCCAGCCUGAGGGGCACCCGCUGGCAUAGCCCAAGUGCAAGCCUUUGUGUCAUUCCCCCUCCUUUACUUUCCGACCACCCUCAUCUCUCCCCAUCUCUCUGGCACAGAUCCAUGGGUUGGGGGAUGUUCCCAGCUUGGCUGGGGUGCCUCUACAGCUGAGUGCCACUCAUGCAGUGUUGGUGGGGGGUGGUGGUGCUGGAGGUCAUUCCCUCCUCCAGACAGAGGCCCACAGAUUGACCCCCCUCCUCAAAGGUUGACAGUACUCCUUGGGGAUAGAUCUCAAAGGAAAGCUAAGGGGUCUGUCCUGGCCCUGCGCUGGCACAUUCCUUUCCCAGCACAGAGUGACCAGCUAGUUACUGCUCUGGAAGGCAGUCCCACCGUGUGGUAACUGGACCUGGAGCUGACAAGCGACCCACCAACAGUGGAAAUGUUUACAUUCAUACAAUCUGCUGUUGCUGGCAGACCUUUCAGUUUUAGCCAACGUGUGUGGCAUUUGAAGUGGUUUCAGCCCUUGCAGACUGGCGGAUAGUUGAUUCUUAGUCUUGGGUGUGGGCACAUGGUGCAGGCAGCUUGGUGUGGGCUUUGCUCUUUGGCCAAGAGAUUGAUGGGAGGGAUGGCAAAGGGUUUUCCAGGCAACAGCUACCUGUCCAGGCAUUCCUGCCUGUGGCAGACCAGGAGUGGAUUUGGAGGGUACUUAGGUGGUGUUAACAGUCUCAGGACUGUUUGCAGGAAAAGGAGCAGUGAAUAUCCUGGAAAGCAAGCCAGCAGUUUUUCUGGUGAUGACAUGUUUUCCCAAGCCCUUUUCUUUCCUUCCCCUGUCCUCACUGGCGCUGGCAGUCAAUUCCUCCUCAUGUGUCUGGUAGCAUGUCUGCAGGAUCUCAUCGCUGCCCUCCCAGCAUGAGCUUUCAUUGCACAACUGGCUGACCAGCUGCAGCCCUGUCCUUGGAGCUACAGGCAAGCUUGCCCAGGACCAGGCCACCCCCAUCAAGCCACCACCCUCACUGCUGGAGCUGUUGCUUCAUCAGCCUGAUGCUGAUCUGGGUCUUUUCUGCUGUUUCUGAACAUGAGUUCUCAUCUCAUUGAGGUGUGUCAUCCAGUGGAAAUAUUUUGUAAAUGCAAAUAAAAAUAAAUAAGUAUAUUCAAUACCUCGGUCUCGAGGAUGGGAAACUAGUAGUGGGAGAUGCCCAGAUAGGGAGGUUUCACAGCUGCUGGUUCUGGUUAGGAAUUCUUGCGGAUGUAGCCCCUGAAGCCUCCAUCAAUAGUUGAGAAGGGAGCUACGCAAACUUGUGAGGGCUUGGGGCUGAGCCCUGUCCGCGCUCCUUGCGUGGCCAGUGCCACCGGGGACAGCCUCGCACUCCAUCCUUCUGAUCUGUACGGGUGUGACACGGUGCAGGUAAAGGUCCCGUCGGCCGGGGGCUGGCGGCACCACAGGUGUCUGUAUCCAUCAGGCAGGGCAAGGCAGAAGCGGGUACGUGGUGGAUAAAUUCUUUUGUGAACACUGGGAAACAGUUUUUACUUUUCAACUCUGUCAAUAUGAUCUAGCUCUGUCUGUCUCUCUAUAUAUGUACAAACAGUAUAUCACAAUGUUGCCUUUUUUGUUGGAAAUAUCAAAGUACAAAGAUUGUAAACCAAAUCGGUGUAAUAAAAGUUUCAGAUGAUUCACUGA